UAGUCAGUAAUACACGUGAAGAAGAGGGAUUGUUUGGCGUCAUCUGAGAGAGCAGCAACACCACUGCCAUCAAGCCUAUUCAUAUUUCAUAUUUGUCUUAUAGCCUUAUCCCCGGGAGAUAGUGACUGUGAGCAUGUUGGCCGUCAGAACCGCUAUGCGCCUGGGCUGCAGACGCUCCCUGCCCCCGUUCCAUGGUCUCCAGAGACGGGGCUGUGCGGGAGCCUCUAUCCCGGUAGACGACGUAGUAAACGGGCUCACGGACGAACAGAUUCAGCUUCGACAAAGUGUCCGGAAAUUUUGUGCUGAACAAUUGGCUCCUUACGCUGACAAGAUCGACAAGACAAAUGAGUUUCCACAAAUGAGAGAUUACUGGAAAGCCAUGGGUGAGAUGGGCCUCCUUGGCAUGACUGCUCCAGUGGAGUAUGGGGGCACUGGGCUGGGUUACUUGGACCAUGUGAUUGUGAUGGAAGAAAUGUCCAGAGUGUCAGCAGCCAUUGCAUUGAGCUAUGGCGCCCACUCCAACCUUUGUGUCAACCAGAUGGUCCGCCAUGGCAACGAGAAACAGAAGGAGAAGUAUCUACCCAAGCUUCUAAAUGGGGAGCAUGUGGGAGCACUGGCCAUGAGUGAACCAAAUGCUGGCUCUGACGUGGUUUCCAUGAAGCUCAAAGCCCAGAAGAAAGGUGACUACUAUGUUCUUAAUGGUAACAAGUUCUGGAUCACAAAUGGGCCAGAUGCUGAUGUCCUCAUUGUUUAUGCUAAAACAAACCCAGAGGCCUAUCAAAAAGGAAUUACAGCGUUCAUUGUGGAAAAGGGGAUGCCAGGAUUUUCUACGGCACAGAAACUGGACAAACUUGGCAUGAGAGGCUCCAACACAUGCGAGCUGAUCUUUGAAGACUGCAAAAUCCCAGAGGAGAACAUCCUGGGACCUCUUAAUAAAGGCGUCUAUGUCAUGAUGAGUGGGCUUGACCUGGAGAGGCUCGUUCUGGCAUCUGGACCAAUUGGGAUCAUGCAGGCUGUCCUCGAUUUUGCUGUGCCCUAUCUCCAUGUACGAGAGGCCUUCGGACAGAAGAUUGGGCACUUCCAGUUAAUGCAGGGAAAGAUGGCAGAUAUGUACACCAGGCUGAGUUCUUGUCGACAGUAUGUGUACAAUGUGGCCCGAGCCUGUGAUAAGGGGCACUUCAGUGCAAUGGACUGUGCUGGAGUCAUCCUGUACUGUGCAGAGAAUGCCACGCAGGUAGCUCUGGAUGGUAUCCAGUGUUUAGGUGGAAACGGCUACAUCAAUGACUAUCCAAUGGGGAGGUUUCUGAGGGAUGCUAAGCUGUACGAGAUUGGAGCAGGCACCAGUGAGAUCCGCCGCCUCAUCAUUGGAAGGACCUUCAAUGCCAUGUUCAGAUAGGAAUGGACUGAGGCCUCAUGAGUGAAUUAACAAUUACUGACACCAACAGCCUUAUGCUCUUUUGACUUUUCCAUUACAGAAUGCAAAGCAAAGAGAAAUCAGCUGUGUUUUUAUUGUCUACUGAAUGAAGUAGCACUGUAGUAAUAAUUGUGUUUUUUUUCUAACUCAACACUCCCAUCUAAGAUCCACAACACUCUGGUUAAAUUUUACAGAAUAUGAGCCUAUGCAUGGUAUUAAUGGUAUUAAUGGUUAAUUCAUGAAAAGAAGUGGACACUGCACUUUCAGUGGCUGCUCCUUGCUGUAAAUGAUUCAAAGUAAAGUGAAAAUAUUUAAUCUGCUUUCUGAGAACAUUGUAGAUAGUAUGUUUAGCAACACUGUUCCUCUAAUAUACCACUCUUUGUAUUUGUAAAGUUAUUAACAUGUAAAGCUUUUUUGGAAUAAACUUUUUUUUUCUUUCAAAAUGUC